GACGGGAAAGAGUCCAAGCAAGCCUUGCUCUUGGAUUUCCAACACUGCUAGCUGACUGAGGUUUUUUUUUUUUUGGAUGGAGCCAUCGGUAAAGAUUCUUCUUUCCAAGUGGGAAACAUAAACAAAUUUCAAAUUUUGAACCAAAAAAAAAAAAGGUGAAAAACAAGAAGAAGAACCCCAUUGCUUACUGCAGGCUAAAGCUUACUUUUGUUGCCAUUUUUUUGUACAAUUUUCUUAGUCAACUCUGAUCUGUUGUUGGUGACAUUCAAGAAUCGUAGUCAUUGCAAGUUAAGAUCAGUGUACAAUGCAAAUGGUUGCUUGCAACAAAGAAGACAUCAAAUGCAGUGAAAAGAGAGUGGGAGGAGAUGGUGGGAUGAGAACUGUGGAAUGCUUGAGAGGGAGGCUCCUUGCUGAGAGACAAGCAUCAAAGAUUGCAAAACAAGAUGCUCAACUUAUGGAAAGUAAGCUGCUAGAACUUGAGAACAAGCUGAAAGAAGAGACCAAGUUAAGGAACAAAGCAGAGAAGAGGUUCAAGUUGUUGAAGAAGAAGCUUGAAUCCCUAAAAAUAUUGCCCAAUUUAGAUGAAUCAGAGAAGUCAAGUUCAUCUGAGAGCUCUACAGUCUCUAGUGUUUCAUCUGCAAGCAGUUCAGGUACUCAACACCCUCAAGAUGCAGUCCCAGAAAUCUUAAAAAAUGUGGAGGGAAGUGCAUCAGACACCAAUCCAUCCAUAAAAAGCUUUGAAAUUUGUUCCAAUGAAGAAAAUUCAACUCCUCCAGGGACUAGUACUAAAUCUGAUACAAGUUGUUCAAGCUUGAAAGCUUCAACAAUGGAGAUUAACAUGAUGAAUGGAAGAAAUGAGACUAGUGAGGAUGAUGAGUAUGUUGAUAACUCAUUGGCAUUAGUUCCUUUGAAUCUCCCAGAAACCAAGGUAGCACCUGAGAUAAACAUAGAAGUGAGCAAAAGUAUAGGUGAAGUUCUUGAUAAUCUAAGGCAUGCCAGGGAAAGAAUUCAGAACACAAUGGAAAGAAGACAAAUGAUUAGGGUUGGGGCCAUCUUGAAUUCAUACAUGUAAACACCAAUUAUUGUCCCAUUUUAGAUAAUAAAACAGCAAGUGACAGAUGUUUUGUUUGCUUGCAUUGGAGCAAAAUGGCAUGGCAUAUAUAAUGUAAAAGUGCAUAAUAUAUUAGCUUGUAGUUUGUAUAUUUAUAUUACCUUGAUAAGAUUAGUUUGUUGGUAAAA